CCAUCGAUUUCGUCGCUAAAAACAAAACCGUAAAUUCCCCUCGCUCUCGUUUUCUAUCCCUAAUUUUAUUUCCAACUUUUCAAUAUCAUUUCCCCCGAUUAGAAUUGGUAUCGUCAACUAACUCGUUAUCUCGAUCUAGAUUUCCCCGGUAAUUUUCGAAAACAGGAUAAUCUUCAUCUAAUUCACGUGGAUGUUGAAACACGGAUGUCAAUUGAUCAAGGGGUUUCUUUUCUGUUUGCAAAUGGCAAAAGGAAGCAAAGGACAGCGUAGAACUACUUUCCGGAAAAUCAGGUCAACUCCAUACUCAUUGCCCUCACAUCGACAAGGGAUCUCUGGUGAUUUAUACCACAAGAAAUGUUCCAAACCUUUGGAUAAGAAAGAUUGGGAGGAUGUAACAUGUUCCGUUUGCAUGGAGUGCCCUCAUAAUGCUGUUCUUCUUCUCUGUUCAUCUCAUGACAAGGGUUGCCAUCCCUACAUGUGUGGAACUAGCUUUCGAUAUUCAAACUGCCUUGACCAGUACAAGAAGUUCUACACUAAAGCAGUCCCUUCUAAUCAUGAUGAAUCUUUGCGUAGUUCCAUUGACAAUCCAAUUCUAGCACCAGGGGUCGAUAAGUGUGAAGUGACGGGAAUUGCAUGUCCACUUUGCAGGGGUCAAGUGAAAGGAUGGACUGUGGUGGAAUCUGCAAGGGAAUAUUUAAAUGCUAAAAAGAGAAGCUGCAUGCAGGAUGACUGCACCUUUGUUGGGACUUUUAAGGAACUAAGGAAACACAUGAAAGCAGAUCAUCCUUGUGCAAGGCCACGCGAAGUGGAUCCUUCUCUUGAACAGAAAUGGAGAAGUCUUGAACGGGAGCGUGAGAGAGAGGAUGUAAUCAGCACGAUAAGGUCAGCCAUGCCAGGGGCAAUGGUUUUCGGGGAUUAUGUCAUAGAAGGAAAUCAUCGUGGUUUCGAGACAGAUGAAGAGGACGAUCUUGAUGAAGAUCCGGCAGAGGGGAAUGGAAGUUUUGAAGUAGGCUUAGAAAGUAGUAACUUCGUAAACUUUUUCCUUCUGUUGCAUGCGUUUGGGCCAUCAGGUAACACUGACCUUGGUAGACAACCAAGGCAACCUACACAUGCAGCAGAUGAGGAUGCUGUUGGUAUUCACCGCACCUCUCUUGCUGGGGAUCCGGGUUUCUCUGGUCAAGAUGACGAUGAGGACAAUGGUGGUGAUAUUUCUUUGGUUAGCCGCCUUCGCCAGCAUGGAAGACUUUUACGAAGUCCGGGUAGAAGGCGUAGACGAAGAGAAGCCACCAACAGUCAAUUAUAGAUCAAAUUUGUACCUAUAAAAGGAGGAGAAAUGGGAAAUGUUACACAUCUCAUAGUGUUAG